GGGUAGGACUCGCGAUUCACAAGGAGAUGGCGGAGUAACGUUUCAGCACUUUUCCCAACAGCGCCUCAUGCCCUUCGGCAAUCUCCGCCGUGCGUUCGGCCGCGUCUUCGGUAAAAGGUGGCCGAGUGCAGCUGUACGCGUCCAGGUUGCCCGUACGUACUAAGAAAAAAAGUAACGCGGGGGGUGGAGCGGCCGGGGGGACUUUUAGACGAAUAUGUUCCCGAACUUAUUCGGCAAUUUUCGUAGAGGAAACCCAAGGGGAGUGAGGAAAGAAGAAAAGAGAGACUUCGACAGCGUUGGAAGUUGGCGGAGCUUGCGUGUGCGUGAGAAAGGAGAGAGUCCUGGCGUCUAGAUUUUUUCCCCUUAUUGCGCGUGAGCAGCAGCAGCCUCCUCCUCCACCUCCUAUUGGACACCCUCCCACCUCCAUUCUUCCCUCCUCCCGUUCCGUGGCGGCUGCUGUUGCUGCUACUCACUACUUAAGUGUCAGCAGUGAUUGGAAUAAUCCGAACGCUCGCUCCCGAGCUGCCCCUUCCCCUCUUUCUUUUUCGCGCGCGCGCGCGGACUGUGAGGGGACGGGUGGCCCAGGCGUCGAGUGAGAGAAGGCGAGAGAAGCAGCAAGGGCGCAGAGGCCUGCGCUGUCUGGGCAGCCCGGUCUUCCCACUCCCUCAGCCUGACUCCCCCCCGGGCCCUUGUCUAGCUUGAGCCGCGUCGUGUAGAAGCCAAGAAACGUCGCUGGCAAGGCCGAAGUGAGGAGUUUCUUCCUUCUUCGUAACGCUUCUCCGAAACUCAGUCGCUCCGGGAAAACAAAUAUCUCAUAUAUUCCUCACCGCGCACACAAAGGAGAAUGAAGGGCCCCCAACACGGAUUUAAAGAAAUAUGCAUUGUUACAAUCUUAUUUUGGAAUUGAUGAAGUGGAAAUACAGAUGAAAUCAGUUUGCAGAAUAUUGACUCUACAGCAUCAUUUCAUCCCCCUCUCCAGUAAAAGAAAACAAGUUGGAAUAAUUAAAUCAUUGCUUCAGCUGGCCACCAAAUCUUCUAACAGGUUUCACUAAACAAUCAAGCUUAGAACUUGUCAAGCAGCAGGGCAACUUGCCAAAAUUGACAGUGCACAGGAAGAAUUUAAAUGUGAACAAUGAUUUGUAUGAAAGUUUACAUCAGAUUGUUGGGGUUCUAUGCAGUCGUCAUUUCUCAAGUUCAAGGGCAGAUUCUAGACAGCGUGCUGCAUGGAACAGGGAUGGAGACUGAUCCUGAUCAGAAGAAGCAGGAAGAUGGAGUAACCUUAGCUCCAGAAGACACGUUGCCUUUUUUGCAAUGCUACUGUUCAGGGCACUGUCCAGAAAAUGCAAUUAACAACACAUGCAAAACUAAUGGACAUUGCUUUGCCAUCAUUGAAGAAGAAGAAAAUGGAGAAAUUACACUUGCUUCAGGCUGCAUGAAGUAUGAAGGCUCAGACUUCCAGUGCAAGGACUCUCCAAAAGCACAACCACGGCGGACAAUUGAAUGCUGUCGGACAGAUUUCUGCAAUCAAGAUUUGCAGCCCACGUUACCCCCUCCUAUUGCUAGAGAUGGCUUCUUUGAUGGCAGCAUACGUUGGAUGGCUGUGCUUAUUUCUAUGGCAGUCUGUAUAAUAAUUAUGAUCAUCUUAUUUAGCUGUUUUUGCUACAGAUGUGUUUUUUCCAGGCAUUAUUGCAAAUGGGUAGCAAAGAGGCGAUGUUACAAUCGUGAUCUGGAGCAGGAUGAAGCCUUUAUUCCAGCUGGCGAGUCACUAAAGGAUCUUAUUGACCAAUCGCAGAGCUCUGGCAGUGGGUCAGGACUUCCUUUGUUGGUCCAGCGUACAAUUGCCAAACAAAUUCAAAUGGUACGGCAAGUUGGAAAAGGACGCUAUGGUGAAGUAUGGUUGGGUAAAUGGCGGGGUGAAAAAGUGGCAGUGAAAGUAUUUUUCACCACCGAAGAAGCCAGCUGGUUUCGAGAAACUGAGAUUUACCAGACUGUUCUCAUGCGCCAUGAAAAUAUACUUGGUUUUAUAGCAGCAGAUAUUAAAGGCACAGGCUCCUGGACCCAGCUUUACUUGAUUACUGAUUAUCAUGAAAAUGGGUCACUGUACGACUUCCUGAAGUGUACCACUCUGGACAACAGAUCUUUGCUCAAACUGGCUUACUCUGCUGCUUGUGGCCUUUGCCAUUUACACACAGAGAUAUAUGGAACACAAGGAAAGCCUGCGAUUGCACACAGAGACCUGAAGAGUAAAAAUAUAUUGAUAAAGAGAAAUGGGACUUGCUGUAUUGCUGAUUUGGGCCUAGCUGUCAAAUCUAACAGUGAUACAAAUGAAGUUGAUGUUCCUUUGAAUACAAGAGUGGGAACAAAGCGUUACAUGGCUCCAGAAGUCCUAGAUGAAAGUCUGAAUAAAAAUCAUUUCCAGCCAUACAUCAUGGCUGACAUCUACAGUUUUGGUCUGAUAAUUUGGGAAAUGGCUCGGCGUUGUGUCACAGGAGGUAUUGUUGAAGAGUACCAACUACCCUAUUAUGAUAUGGUGCCGAAUGAUCCUUCGUAUGAGGAUAUGAGAGAGGUGGUAUGUGUUAAGCACCUGCGCCCCAUAGUAUCUAAUCGAUGGAAUAGUGAUGAGUGUUUAAGAGCAAUACUGAAAUUAAUGUGUGAAUGCUGGGCCUACAGUCCUGCCUCUAGACUUACAGCUUUGAGGAUUAAGAAGACACUUGGCAAGAUGGUGGAAUCUCAAGAUGUUAAGAUUUGACAAAGAAAUGUCACUGAGCAAUGAAGUUUGGACUCCUACAUUUUUUCACUCAAGCGAGUAUAGGUCUGGUGGGACUGGGCUAGAUCUCAGCCCAGUUCCUCACCACUUUUACAAGCUGCUAAUGUUAAAUCUUACAGUACUUUGUAGAAUAUGGUAUCCGUGUACAAUAUAUGGUACACAUGUGGAUAGCCUCAUUUUACUUUUUUGUUUUGAGCUGCAUUGAGAUUUUCAUCACACUUUCAAACUCCCAUAAAACUCUUGAGUUCUGAAUUGCAUAUUCAGAUUAUAGUGCUUUCUGUGAAAGCCUUAAAUUAAAUGAAUUCAACAGCAGUGGAAGAAAAUUAGCUUUUUGCCCACCUGAUGAUAUCUUAGCGAGUCUUGGUGGAUUAGCCUGCGGUUAUGGGUCUGGGGUACUAAAUAAUUUGAUAAUUCCUAUCACUUUUAUGGUUUUGUGUGUGCGCACCAGGAUGUUUCUGCUGCCAUUUGGAGUACAUAAGAAGCCAUUUAAUCUCAUGCAAAAGCACUGUUUUCUUCUGCAAUGCCUUGGCUAAGAGUAUGAAACCUACUUGGAUUUCAAAGAAAAUUAGUUUCUGCCUUCCUUUGUGCUGCAUGGAAAAAUUAUAUACGUAUCAUGACCAAAAAUCAAAAUGGCUACUAUAAACCUAUGCAGUAAAGUCAUCUUCAAGUGUGUUGUGAAGAACAAACCAAAAUUCAGUUCAUACUCCCAGUGCUAUGAAUUUUCAGAAGACUGAGCACACAACAUGGAACAGCUAAACCUCGCUGAUAAUUUAAGUGCCUGUAAUCUUGUACUGUAAACUGUAUCCUAGCUAGCUUUAAAAAGGGAAGUUAUUUAUAUAGUGUUUAAUGUACUUUUAUUUGCUAAAUAAGUGCUCUUUUGUAUAUGUGUAAACAUACCGUACAUAGAUCUAAAAAGAAUGAAAAAAGUAAUCCUGUUCAAGUUUGAUCAGAAAUGCACAUACUGAAUGUGAUAUAGAAAUGUUGGAUAGUCUGUCAAAGUAUGUGCAUGGAUACUACAAAGAUAAUUAAAUUUUCCCUUUAGAGGCAUUCAUGAAGAUGCUUAAUGCAAUAUUAGAGUGAAUUCAAAUAACAAACAAAUGUGAGGAUGUGUUCUAUAGGCUACAAACAGUAAAUGGUCAGGCGAUGGCUUGCAGUAUUUUUUUUAUUUAUAUCAUGGUGUACAAAUUUUAUUUAACAUUUCCUUAAGUCAUUGCUUUUUCAGCGAUGCCUUUAAGUAUUAGUACAUAUUCAUCUGAACAGUUCAUGGGAUACAUAAGCUAUGGAUUAAUUUAUUUUGAACACAGCAAGUCAUGGACAACAUUGUGCCACAGUUCUUGAACACAGGUAUAUGAUUUUUCCUUCCAUUAACAGGAAAGUAAUCAGGCUGAUGUUCUAAAACUUCUCUUUUUAUUUUGCACAGGUAGCUAGUAAAUAUUUGCCAUGAAUCACCAAAUUAUUAGUCUAGACCAGUGGUUUCACCAUAAACUGGCCUUCUGCAAGUCUACCAUCAAUUUGUUCUCAGAGUAUUUUGAAGAUACAAGAAUGUUCUAAGGUGUACUCAAUCCACAUGGAGCACUGGCCAGGCCUGUUGGGCCUCACUGUUAACUUCUCAUAGGUAGCCUAGAACAUUAUCAGCUAUCCACUAUGUCCAUCCAUAGCAGGGGAAGAUCAGUAGUGGUGGACAAGCAGUCUUGGAAAACCUGUCUGCUUUUACUGAUAAUCUUGAGAAACCUCUGAUAACAAACUCAUGAGGAACCCCAAGAUUCCUGGAAAUGCAGAUUGAAAACCACUGGUCUAGGCUAAGUUCCUUUUGAUUAAAUACCAUUUUAACAAAAACUGUUUACAAUUAUAUUGAGAUUUUCAGAAAAUUUGGUGAAGCGUAUGUUUUCCAUCUUCUAUAAUGGAAUAUCUGUGUUCUUGUUUUAAGUGCCAUGUAAAUUGGGUAGUUUUAUUAGUAGUGCAUAAUAUGCUGAAAUUUAAUUUUAAUGUUGACUUGAGAUUUUAGAAUAAAACAAAACAAAUGCCAAUACUGGAUCAGAGCCAUUGGGUUGGAUCCAUACUAAGUUAGUUGCUCUUAGUUAUCAUUGAAAAAAAUGGGAUGUAGCUUAGAAAGGCUAACUUUUCACAUUGAAUUCAGUGGAAUUUAAAGCUAACUACCUUAGUUUGGAUUCAGUCCAUUAUUCCUAGAGUCCAGUAAUUUUAUCAUAUCUGUGGGCUACUCCAUGCCCCUGGUACUUCCUUAGGAGACAUCUUAACUGUACAUCACAGUGACUAGCCUGUUGUUUCAGAAUGAACUGCAUUCUGUCUUAGAGGCAACACAACUCUGGCAUUUGAUUUUCUUAUUGGAAGCACCAAAUCCUUUAGAGCCAUGCAAUUUGUAGAAGUGAAAUUUGCCUGGAAUAAUCUUGAGAUUGUUACAUGAGUUUUGAAAUAUUUUCCUUUCCAAACUUUAAUACUGUUAACUUCAUAACUAUGAAGGGUCUUAAGUGUUGCUUAAUUGUUGCUAUGAGUUACAUCUGUUGGGAGUAGUAUUCAAAUUAUCCUUUGCUAAAGUAAAUCUCAUUUUGGAUCUCUCCACCCCACCCCUUGCCAAUUUUAGGGUGUGCUUCUUUUACAUAGGAGCUGGAGAAAAAUAGUUUGUUCAGUUUUCUCCAUGCUACUAAUCAUUCUGUGUGCAGUUCAUCAUGUCUCACUAGGUCUCUUCUAGUUCCUUAGGCAUUAGUUAUACAACUAUAUCACCUAUAAUAGGGUUUUUUUUGAAGGGCAUUUCUAACAGCUCUACAGAUUGCUUAAUUGAUAUGACCAAAGCAGUGAUCAGAUGACAUUUGUUGUACUCACAGCCAUAAGCAAUACUACUAGUUGUGCAGCUGUUGUUGCCUAACUAAUUCAUAAUUGUACAUUAAUUUGCAGUUGUGAGUAGAUGAAGAGAAGCAUUUUAUCACACAUUUGCACCUGAUGUGUGGUAGAAUCCUUCCUUCCUUGUUACUUGAUAGGAUUGAUACAUAUGGCCAAACAGCCUCAAAGUGAGCUCCACUGGUGUGGUUUUUCUCCAUGUCAGCAUCAAACAUUUGUGGUGGCAGCUUUGCAGCAUCAUGGAGACAAAUCAUAUAUUGGGAGUCAAUUCACCUAUUGAGCCAGCAUAGCAUGAAUAAUGUGGCCAUCCACAGAGGCAUUUUCAAGUGGCCAUGACAUUGCAGCCAAAUAGUGAAAAGUGACCUUAAAUGUGAUAAAAUUCAAUUAUACCAUUUGUCAACAGAAUCGUGUUUUUCAAUAUUAUUGUCUUAUUUUAAUGCCAACACAUUUCUGAAGUCUUUCUUUGUAAAAUCAUAUGAGAUUUUUUCAUGCUGAUGGUGUCAUCUUUUAUUGGAAUGCCUGUAGUAUGUGUGUAUUAAUUAUUUAAAAUGCAUGCUAGCUUAUGUCUUCCUUUGUGUACCACACAGAAUAUUUCAUGAACAGCAGAUUUGUGCCUUGAGAGAAUUUUAUAAUGGUUUGAUUGCUACCUUAUUUAUUCUGAAAUACACUUUUCAGUAGUCACUCUUUUAUAAGUAACCUUCAAUACUUUGCAGAGUUGUGCCACCCUUGGGAGUUUGAAAGGUGGAAAACUUCAUUAGGAAGGAUGGUGAAAUGCUGAAUUUGUUUUGCAGUAAGGAACACAAGAAGAAUGGGAAUGAAUGGAAAUUUCCAUUUGGAAUUCUAUUUGCUUACUGGGCAAUUUUCCUAAAAGCCAAUAUUGUAAUCAGAGCAUUUUCUGCUCUGCAUAAUCUUUUCUCCCUUUAACCAUUAUGGUAAGAAAGAACUUACUAAUUACCGAAUAGUUAUCAAUCCAAGAAUACUGAUAUAUAUUUUGAGUAUCACACUUCCAAAAAAAUGCCAUCAUUUCAAUAGCAAAACUGUCCUCCAACAGAAGUGAAGUUCUAACUUGAUGCCAUUAAAAAAUAUAUAAUAGCUUCAUAUGCCAUAAAAAUGCCUACCUCCAUAAAUGCCUACCUUUCACAGGUGGCUGAUGUUACCUGUUCCUUGGUGUAACACCUUCAUAUUCCAAGAAUUAGCUUCUUUAUGAACCCAUAAAAUGCCUUCUGUUAGUGUCACUAUUAGGCUCAGUUUCCCAUGUCUGUUUUGCUAAAUGAUUCUCAGUUGGAUAUUUUUGUCCAAGUGCUAUUUGUCAUUGGCUUCAUGACACUACUGUGGUUGCAUUUGCACCUUGUAGUGUGUGGAACACAAGAAAGUUCAAUUUUUCCUACAUUCAUGAGCACUAGUAACUUUUUGAUUAAAAAGAGAGAGUAAACUAAUAUUCUAGAAAUAUGUAGGUUCCCUCCUCUGCAGUAAUGUCAUCUGACUUCAGAGUGUAAUCUGAAACAUUAGAAUCAAAUUUAUUAUUUUCAUACUACAUACUAACUUCAGUAGCGAGUCUUCUGCCCAGUUGAGUGUGAGAGGUCUUUAAUUUGCAUGGUCUUCAGAAAAAUCAUCAUCUAUUUGCUCAUUUUCCUAUGCUUGUGACAGUAGUUCCAUAUAAUGUUAGCCUAGUUGUUCAUACUGAAUCCUUAUUGCUCGUAUCAUAUCUUCAGAGCUCAUUGUGAUAGAAUGCAGAGGUGUGUAAAAAGACGGGGGACAGGUCACUUGUACAAGCCUCAGUGAAAUGUAUGGGCGGUUGUUGUGUAAACAAGAGUGUUCCUGCACAACUCCCAUUCGUUCCAAGCUGAUAUCAAAGUUUCUGGUGGAUUGUGCCCCAAAUUAAAGGCUUAUUUCUAGUAUCAAAUGUGGAAUUAACAAUGCUUCUUCAAACAAUCAUCUCAUUGAACAAUUGUUUUGUGCUAUAGUACACCUGAAUUCAAUAUAGAUGCCCACAUACUGUAUUCAUGUUUUGUGCUCUGACUUAUCCAUGCCCAGUAUAAAAGUGUACUAUAUUGUAUACAGAAAGAAUAAUGUAGCUAACCUGUAGAAGAUGUAAAUAAAAAGGAGAGGGUGAAAUAAGCAGUAUGAUUAUACUCUUUUUGUUAUAUAUGCCACACGUUUAGAAUGUUUUUUAAUUGUAACAGGCUAAGUGUCUUUUUGUACAGCAUCUGAUUUAAAAGGUGCCUUAAGUUUACCAUGAAUUGCUUUGUCCUGUACACAAAUUUAUGUCAUUGUAUCAUUUUUAAGUAAAUAACCUUAUUUUAGUAAAACGUUAGUAAUAUAUUUGUUUGUUAACAAUUCCAUAUUGGUGUUCAAACAUCUAUACCCUUGGUAGUAUGCUUUGCUUUAAAAUCAGCACCAAAGUGUGUGUGAGUUGCCUCAUCUCAAGUUAUUUGAACUCAAGUACAAAAUUGUAUUCAUUCUUCAUCCAUACCGUGCGUGCUUGUUUCAAAGUCUUUGACUUUGAUUUCUCAGAUGCACCAAAGCAGGCCUCGCAGUCAUUUAUCACUUGCUGCUUCUGUGUAUUUUUAAAGUAAAAAGCUGUGUUUGAAACAUGCAUUUUAUAAUUGCUGCAAUAUGCACACCCAAGUGUUCAAAACAGAGUCCAAAAUAUCUUUUGAGAAAUUGCCCUAUUUCAUUCAAGAAAAAGAAAUCUGUUGAAUCUCAGUGCAGAACUGUACUUCAUACACGACAUGUGGCUGC